AUUCUAGGCUUCCAUCAGCUUCUGCUGCGGAAGAACGGCGACGCUACACCUCUGCUACAUGCAAUGCGUAUUGGCCACCAAGAUGUCGCCGUUGUAUUACUUGGCGCUUUCUCGCGGUACGUCAAUAACUUGCAGGAUGAAGAAAUAGUUCUUCCACGCACGAAGACCCGCCUCAAAGCGCUACGCACCAACCUUAAGCUUGCGAUCGACUACGGGCUGCAGAAGUCUCAAAGCGACCUCAUUGCGUCGUUCCUACAAACGCUUAUAAUGAGCGAGGGAGACAAGUGGGUCGAGGCGCAGGUCACAACAAUCGCAGGGCUUCUGCGCGAGGGUACAGCAGGCAAGCCUGUCGAAAACGCCGAGAGUACCGUCAGGAAGUUCGCGACGAAGCAGCUUGGAAAGGCCGAAAUAAUCGCGGCGUUGGAGGACUAGUCAGCUUACGCGAAAACGUUUGGCUGCUUUUGAGAGCUGACAUCGCUUUGUAGUGUCGCGAAUGCAACGGCCGACUUACUUAUGAUGGCCGCCUGGUAUUGCGCAUUGGACACCAUCGAUGGAGAGCCGAUACCCACAUACUAUUUCGCUCGGGACGACCGUGUAUACAAAGCGUUUGUAGACCGGUUAGACCGCGACAAACAGGCGAUCAGUAAGACCUGCACACGGCGGCUGAGGUGGCAGAUGCGAGUCCUACGUGCCGUCAUGGAGGGACGACAGACAACGUAUAGCGUAAGCUUCAUAUAAACCUACGUGGACACACGAUCAUGCCGAUUUCUGCACAGCGCAAAGUUCAGACACUCGCAGAAGAGUUUGACCAAGGCUCUGGCGUAUAAGCGGGAUAAAUACGUCGAGCAGGGCGAAACCAGCAUCAUAGGCAACUGCAAGUACGAUAUACAACACGCCCUAUGUCAACCAGUACCCUUGUGAACUUGCGCCAAACCGCUAAUCUCUUGUGCUAGCAUACCCAUUCGUUUCCGCUCGUAUAAGGUGCCGUCCGGGUGUAAGCUCACAGCCCGAGACCAUGGCGUAUCAUCGAGCGAAUAUCGACUCCUUGUUGGCAUUUACCUCUGAGUCGUUCCUACCUUGCUGCAUGCUCACUGUGAUCUACGAGGUGGGAAGGACUCUUACAUGAGGAUGUAUGCAUCCUUAUUGAGGACACAUGUUUUUCGGAGUAGCUUGAUUUUGGAGACGCUAUGCGAUAGGGUUUCAUAAAAUUUAUAUUAUUUCCAAGUCCAUACGGAGAGGUGGUCUAUGAACGAUGCCCGGGGAAAUGCAGGUGGCCAUAGUUUCUUAGAAGAACUUCAGCUGCCAAUUCUUGUACCAGGUAAUCCCGCCCACAACCGCCAGACUCGCGACUGAAGGACCGAGAUUCAGCUGCGCCACACCGUAAAUCCAGGCAGUAGCCAGCGGCGGAAGCUGUUUCCAGAGUGAGAAUCAUUCAAAAUGAGAGGGCAAGGGCCGACGUGCCAUGCUCAUGUUGUCUCGCCAGUUCGCCCAGUUGAUCAUGUAUAUCAAUCGCGUGCCUGUUACACAUGCGAGAAGGAAAAAGGCUGCCUGCAUUCGUCGAUCAUGUUUGUAUCGGUUAGCUAGCCACAAAGUAAAUAACAUGCUCAGCCUGCAGCAGGAGUAGAGACGUACUGUAGAAUAUGGAGAUAACUAUGACUGAGGGAGAAAGUGAAUACAUGGAAAUUAUUACAGGUAUAAACGCUCACUUGGGACUCCUGGUAUCAUACGGUCUGCUAUGGCCUUCGACGUGGGAUUUCUACCAUAUUGGUAGUGCACCAAACUAUACGACAACGUCAGUGACCCCAAGCUGAGCUCGCAUAGACUCACAUUUCCAUCAUAAGCAACAGAAAAGAGAACGGAACGAUCAAUGCCAGAGCGGCGAAACACUCCUCAGUGAAUGGCGACAGCAGCGGCUUGUCUUCGUCCUUUGCCUUCUCUCCGGUGGGUAUAUUCCCGAGGAUACCAGAAUCAUGUAUAAUGCGCCACUGUUCCUGUUCCGAAAUCUCCACAAGCGGUUUCUGAGGUUCGGAUUCUGUCCUGGACGGCGCAGCCGCGUCCUUUCGCUUCUUGGCCAUGGCAGUCGUGUGCAGGCUUGACUCCGUGGCGCUUGUUAUGAAAUAUUUCCGAAGGGCGCUUCGUCGA